AAAAGCAUAUCUACUGACAGUUCCUCUGUUGCACCACCACUUGGAGAAGAGGACAAAUACAUUUUAACUAAGAAAAUGGUGGAGAAAGUCCGUCAGGUACCAGUGCUUCACAUGAUAUGCGGCCAAAUAGACAGCAAGAGAAUCGACCUGCAGGACGUCACGUUCUUUUACUUUAUGCGCACUAGCGACGAGGGUAUACCUUCCUUCGAUACUUAUGAAGAGUGCCUGAACGAGAUCACGAAUUACGUGGUGGUCGGCUCGCUUGACAGGAAAUUCUUAUCCUCUUUGAAUAGAAUACUAGUCAACGUAUUCAGACCGUUAGUGGAAAAUCAAUUCAGAAUGUCCGAUGUUCGCGAUCGAUGGCAAACCAAGAGUGCGGACGAUGGGAAACGAAAGAAAGUAGAUGUAGAAGCGCGAGCAGUGUUGAGAAGGCCAUCCCACUUCGUGACAGCGUCCACUUACGCAUCCCGACAGGACCUGGACGCAAAAAGAAAGGCAGAUGAUGAAGGAAACACCACAAUCUCCGCGGCCACUUUGCAGGACGAGAUCCCAAGGAGUCGGAAACAGAAGUCAAGUUUAAAGGGAUUCGACAGAAGAUCCGAACCAUCUAUUUCGGAGUCCAAGUCCAGCAAAUCAAUUAGUUCGAAGGAAAUACAAAAGCAGCCAGUGGGCGAGCAAAUCAAGAAAGAUAUUUUAGAUUAUCUUGAAAAUUUGAUUGAGAAGACGGAGUGGACAUUGGAGCAUGUCGAAGGCGAUAUCUUAUUGACGAUGCCGAAGAUACCAGAGCUGAACGAUCCUGCAACAACAGACGAUAUGUUGUUAAAAAAUAAAGAUAUUGUUGAACAAAUGGAAGAAGUAGUUAUGUCGUGGGAGAAACAUAUACAGAAGGUAAUGGAGUCGUACGAGAGCAAAGUACUUCCGGGGAAAGGACCAAUAGCGGAACAUCAAUACUGGCAGGAUUGUGAGACUGGGUUAACAAUAUUAGUUGAACAGUUAAAAAUGCCCAUUGUUAAGAGGAUUCUUGCCCUUCUGGAACAAGCGCUCUCGCCAAUCGCCCCUAGCUUCCACUAUUAUCAGACCGAACUCUGGAAGCAUUAUGUCGAAGCCAGAGACAACAAUAAGUUUAUUCAAACGCUGUUGAGAUACUUUAAGUUGAUUAUCGAGUCAGAUUCGUUCGAAUCUAUAUCGGAAUGCAUCCCGUCUCUGAUAGAGGGGUUGCGAAUGCUCUGGGUGUUGUCGAGUUAUUACUGCCGCGAAGAAAAGAUAAUGCUAUUGAUGGACCGAAUAUCGUGGCAGCUCUGCGAGAAUGUCAGACAGAAUUUAGCGAUCGUUUUGCUGUUUAAAAAACCUUUGGAAGAGAUUCUGGAGAAAACGAGCAUGGCCAGUGCGAUGCUGAGGCAAUGGAAACAAUCGUAUUUGAAGACCAGGCAGGAUAUUGAACUGUCGGGGAAGGGAGCUCGCUGGGAAUUUGAUCAGAAGCGUCUCUUCCAGAACACGGAGUAUAUCGCCGAGGUGUGCAGUGACCUUUACAAAAUCGCCGGUGUCCUGCAAGACUUCUACAACAUCUUUGGGCAUGAUCUAAAGUCUAUCAUAAACGAUCCGGCGCAAAUCGACGCUGUGAUAAAACGAGUAGACGCACUAGUAGUGCCGAUCGAAGAGGCCGACUUCGACAUCUUCAACGCGUUUAACAAGGAAAACUGGGAAGCACUGACCGCAUGGUUUUACGAGCAAGUAACGUUUCUAGAGGAUCAGGCCAAGUUCUAUAUCGACGAGUGCUUCAUGGUGUUGAUCAGCGCAGAGAACGCGCUGGAGAUGUUGCUCAAGUUCAAGUACAUGAAAACUCGAGACGCUAUUCAGCGCCAGUUGCUCCGAAAGUUCGAUGUCAUCAUGCAGCAGUUCAGCAAGGAGAUCAACGAUGUGGAAAACAUAUUUCAUCGUGGCAAAUGGCACCCGCCGUUGCUGACGUAUCACCCGCCGAUGGCGGGAGCGAUCUUCUGGGUGAAACAGCUGUUCCAUAGACUGCGCAGGCCAGUGUUGAUUUUCCAGGAAGUAGGCGAGUUGAAGCAUAGCGAGCUGAAAUUGCUCGCGUUCAGCCAAUACCUCGAUCUCGCGAAGAAAUUGAAGGAUUUUGGAGAAGCAAAAUUCAAUGCGUGGCUCGAUAAGGCGUUGUUGACAGUGACUACCAUCAUGAAGAAGAGCGUUUUAAGGAUAGUGCGAGUAGAACGGGAUACUCCAGCCACUUUAACUUUUCCGGAUGAGGAGCGAGCCGCGAAGGGGCUGAUGCACGUGGCGUCGAAAGCAAAGGGCAAAGAUGUGGGUUCUAUUCUGUCAACUCCACGCGGAUCCCUGCUGAAGAUGGACAACGUGAUGUCAAAACCCAGCGCAGAGAUCGAAGCUUCCGGUGCCGUGGGUUCUAAAAUCAUUUCUACGUUGCAACCACGUCCGGAAGUGAAGGCUGAUGUCAGAGGAUCCUCGUUGAAGGACGGCAAAACCUCAAGCGUGUCCUUGGACAAGCACGACGCUCGUGCAAAGAUCACCUGGCCGGAGUUCAUGAGCGGCGCUAUUCUGGUGGAGUGUCAGCUGCGCUUUCAGGUCAACUUCGACUGGGAGGUGUUCGAGGUCAUCAGAGAGGCAGAACUAAUGGAACAAUUGGGUUUCAAACUGCCCGCAACUAUUAGAGACGUCGGUAUUCAGAAGAACCGGCUGAGAACGGAUAUCGACGCCACCACGAAGAUGAUUAAUCAGUAUAACGACAUCCUAGAUACGAUGGACAGAGCCGAUUUACAGCUUCUGAAGCAGAGUCUGCAGGAUGUCGAGAAGCACAUUCAGCCUGGAGUAACGCGGUUUAAUUGGAAUUCCUUGAGCAUCUCAGAUUACGCAGCCACUUGCCGUCGGGUACUGAAGAACUUGAAUUCGAUUGUCGAGCAAGUCAAUCAGAUAAAGAAAGAGCUUGAUAACCGAAUAGAAUCUGAAUUGCAAUCGUACCAUCUGUUUUCUACGAAGAAGGAAGUCGCCGAAUCAGAGGUUCUCUUGCCAUGCAAGAGUUAUUUUACGGAAAUAAAAAAUCGACGAUCUGAGCUGGUGUCGUCAAUGUUGAAGACUUAUCAGUCGAUUAGUCCAAUGCUUGUGAAGCUGGAAAGCUUAGUGUUGGGUACCUCCACUGGAACAAGUCCAGCCAUGCAGCUCUUAUAUGAAAAAUACGAAAGGAAAAUCUUCUCUGCUUUUAUAAUCUGUAUGGUAAGAAACAUGGAAGUUCUAAACAAAAUAUUAAACAACACUAAACCGAUCUUCCAAGUAGACGCAUUAUUAAUAACAUCCGAAGUAAUAUUACGUCCGUCGCCCAACGAGAUCUAUAGCACCAUUUGUUACGAUGUGCGAGAUCUGCUCGAAAGACUGAAAAGAUUUUCCAGAUGGAUGAAUGGAACCUGUUUGGAGUGCAAACUGCAGAGGAGAGAACUGUCGGAGGACUUGGUCACUUUCAGUUUCUUCGAAGACGUGAUGAGUGUUCGAGUAAUUAACGAGCUCGUAAGAGCGGUUCACGACACGGCGUAUAGGAUCUCGUCGGAAUGCUCGCGAUACUUGUACAGAUGGAAGAAAUACAGCAACAUGUGGUCAUUUGACAAAAAUCUGGCUAGCGAGAAAUUCGCGGCGAUGAAACCUACGCUUUUACAAUACGACGAGAAGUUCACGUUUUACGAAGGCAUUCUGGAGGAGCUCGAAGAUAUGUCGUUCUAUUUCGACAUAAAUAGUGUACGGCUCAACCUGAAACCACUUUUAUCCGGUAUCGAGCGUCAAGCGAAGGAAUGGAAGCAAGCUUUAGGGAAUUACCUUCUGUCUGACACCGUAUUAGCUAUGAGUCAACUAAAAGCUCAAAUCGAAACUUUUCGCGGCGAGAUCGAACUAGUGGUCACCGGACUGGAUCGUUUCGUGUCGAUCAUGCAGGCGAUCGCCAACGUGAAAAAUACAGCGAUCCAAGCCGAGGUGCAAUUUCUUUGUUAUCAAGAGUGCUUUCAAACUAUGCGCGCCCACGGAAUUGUAUUUCUCUCAUCGGAUGAAGCGAUGGCGUACGAGCUACAACACGAUUGGGAGUCACUGUAUCUCGAAGCACUCUAUAGAGCUUCGACUUUGGACAGUACCAGCGACAAAUUUUCGGAGCUGACUCGAGAACAGAUCCAACAAUUCUUGACCGAAACCGCGAUGUUCGCCGAAGAUUUUGAGGCGCUCGGUCCCGGAAGCAUCGAAGACGAUCUGGAGUACGGACUGACGAAAAUGGAUGAAUAUGGCAUACAAAUCAACAAAUACGAGGAAAGGCGAUUGGAUUUGAUAAAGUUAGAAAACUUAUUCGACUUACCGUCCACCGACUACUCAACUCUCCUUAAGAUCAAGACGGAAUACGAGGGCAUGGAGGUGCUAUACAAUCUCUACAAGGAGCAGAGAAGCGCGCGGGAUGUCUGGGCGAAGACUCUGUGGGUGAAUUUGAAUCCCCAGCAGCUCAUCGAUGGUAUGGAACAUUUCAUACGGGAAUUCCGACUAUUGCCGAAAUCCAUCAGAGGUACAAAUGUCGGCCACGCAUUGGAGAUCAACAUGAAGAACUUCAAAAACUCGGUGCCGCUCUUCAUUGAGUUGAAGAACGAAGCUAUGCGCGAAAGACACUGGCAAGAGUUAAUGAGGAGGACCGGGCAGUAUUUUGAUAUGGACCCGGAAAGAUUUACCUUAGAAAAUAUGUUCGCUAUGGAGCUAGGGAAGUAUCAAGACAUUGCGCAAGACAUUGUGAUGUAUGCCGUAAAAGAACUUGCGAUAGAAAAAGGCGUGAAAGAAUUAGCGGAAAUAUGGAAAUCCAUGCAAUUCAACAUGGUAAAACAUUAUAAAGGUAUGGAAGAUCGUGGCUUUAUUCUUGGACCACUUGAUGAAUUGAACCUGGUACUCGAAGACAACAUGUUGACCGUGCACGGUAUGGCAUCCUCGCAAUUCAUCGGACCGUUCCUGAACGCCGUUCAAAAAUGGGAGCGCACAAUGCAUACGAUCUCAGAAGUUCUGGAAGUGUGGGUGGACCUCCAGCGAAAGUGGCUGUAUCUCGAAGGUAUCUUUGUGGGCGGUGACAUUCGCCUUCAGUUGCCGGACGAGACGAAAAGAUUCGACGAUAUCGAUCAGGCCUUCCAAAAAAUCAUGACUGACACGUCAAAGCGACUCAAUGUCUUAGAAUGUUGCACGAUUUAUGGCCGAAAGGACGAGUUCGAAGCUAUGAUAGCAGCCCUCGAAAGAUGCCAAAAAUCUUUGGCGGAAUACUUGCGUAAUAAACGCAUUGUAUUUCCGAGAUUCAAUUUUAUUAGUGACGACGAACUGCUGAGCAUUCUCGGCAGUGGCAGUCCUAUGGCAAUUCAAGAACACGUAGGAAAAAUGUUCGAUAAUCUCGAUAAAUUCGCAUUGGUGUCAGACAACAUGGACACAUUAAUGGCUACGGCCCUCAUAUCUUGCGAAAGAGAAGUUAUGGAUUUCAGAAAUCCCGUGUCCACAGAAGGUCAGAUCGAAAUUUGGAUGGGCUUGGCGCUGGAAGAAAUGAAGAGAACGAAUCGAUAUCUAACGAAGAAAGCGAUCUACAGUUACGGCAAGGUACGAAGACCGAGAACGCAAUGGAUACUCGAAUUUCAAGGAAUGAUGGUUCUCGUAGCCAAUCAAAUAUGGUGGACCGCAGAGGUCGAGAAUGUCUUCGACAAGAUAUCUCAGGGAAAUAAACGCGCGAUGAAAGAGUAUCUACAACAACUUAACACUCAAUUGGACGAAGUGGUGACGCUGAUGGGUACCGGCACGCUUACAAAUAAUGACAGAAAGAAGAUUGACAUGGUUUUGACCAUCGACGUCCACAUUCGCGAUAUUAUCGAGGGCUUUGUUAGAGACAGCAUUGUGGAUCCCACAGAAUUUGAAUGGGAAAGCCAAUUAAGAUUUUAUUGGGUUCAUGAUCUGGAUAAUGUAUGGAUGAACCAAUGCACAGGCACUUUCGAAUAUGGUUACGAGUAUAUGGGCCUUAAUGGCAGAUUGGUCAUUACGCCUCUGACGGACAGGAUAUACCUCACUAUCACACAAGCUCUCUCAAUGCACUUGGGUGGUGCACCGGCGGGUCCUGCUGGAACCGGAAAGACCGAGACAGUCAAAGAUUUAGCGAAAGCUCUGGGGCUCUUAUGUAUCGUAACUAAUUGCGGCGAGGGAAUGGACUAUAUCACAAUCGGGAAGACUUUAGGCGGUCUUGCUCAGUGCGGAGCAUGGGGUUGCUUUGACGAAUUCAAUCGCAUAGAUAGUUCUGUUCUCUCCGUUAUUUCAACCCAGUUGCAAACUAUACGCUCAGCACUGCAAGUUAAAGCUCAAAGAUUCAUGUUCGAAGCUCAAGACAUCGUGUUGGACUCGAAAGUGGGAAUCUUCAUCACCAUGAAUCCAGGAUACGCCGGGCGCACGGAAUUACCGGAGUCUGUUAAAGCCCUCUUUAGACCAGUGGUCUGCAUAGUGCCGGACAACGAGCUAAUAUGCCAGAUCAAGCUUUUCAGUGCUGGAUUUCUGACGGCAACGUUGCUGGCGAAGAAGAUGACUGUUCUCUAUAAACUGACAAGCGAGCAGCUCAGCAAACAAACGCAUUAUGAUUUCGGCCUGAGAGCUCUUAAAUCCGUACUUAAUAUGGCCGGCCAACUGAAAAGAACCUCCACUGACUUGCCCGAGAAUGUCGUGCUGAUGAGAGCCCUCAGAGACAUGAACUUACCUAAGUUUGUGUACGACGAUGUGCCGCUUUUCCUGGGUCUGAUUAAGGAUCUUUUCCCCGACUUAGACUGUCCUAGAAUGCGCUAUCCAGAGUUUAACGAUGCGGUUGAAGCAGUAUUGAAAGAACAUGGCUACAUUGUUUUACCUGAGCAAGUUGAUAAAGUCAUUCAAUUAUACGAAGUGAUGAUGACCAGGCAUUCGACGAUGAUUAUUGGUCCCACCGGCGGUGGUAAAACUGUGGUCAUCGAAACGCUAUGCAGAGCCCAGACGCACCUCGGUAAACCCACGAAACUGCAUAUUCUGAACCCUAAGGCUUGCACUGUCAUUGAAUUAUACGGAAUGCUAGAACCUACGACACGCGAUUGGAGGGAUGGACUUCUGAGCAGUAUUUUUCGCGAAAUUAAUCGCCCACUGGAUCCCGACAAAGAUGAACGAAGAUACAUACUUCUCGACGGAGAUGUCGAUGCACUGUGGAUCGAAAAUAUGAACUCAGUAAUGGAUGACAACAAACUGUUGACGCUGGCCAAUCAAGAAAGAAUCAAAUUGCAAAAUUAUUGCAGUCUGCUCUUCGAGGUAGGUGACUUGCAGUAUGCCUCACCUGCAACAGUUUCAAGAGCAGGUAUGGUCUAUGUAGACCCGAAAAACUUGGGUUACCAGCCGUAUAUGGACAAGUGGAUACAAGCUCAAGACAAAGCCGAUCAAGAUUUUCUGCGAGAAAUGUGCGAGAGAUAUGUGCACGGCUCGCUUAGGCUUAUUACCGAAGGAAUGUUAGGUCUUCAAGCAGUCGAACCUCUUCGGACAAUUAUCCCGCAAACUGGACUCAAUAUGGUAACUCAAUUUUGCUACGUAUUUGACGGCUUGCUGUCGUCGUUGAAAAAUGAACUGACAAGAAAAAAAUCGGAAGUCGACCGAGAGGAAGAGGACAAUUUGUUGGUGACGAAAGAAGAGCUCUGGGAGGCAAUGUACAUUCAAGCGUGCUAUUGGUCGUUCGGCGCAUCUAUUGUGGACGAGGCUCGCCCCAAGUACGACGAAUACAUAAAGAAGACGUGUGGGUUUAUACUGAUGCAAGACACGCCCGCUAAGCUGGCGACCGCUAGAUACAUGCCCGCGUCUUUCCCAACCAUCUACGAUUACAUAUUGGAUACUAAGAAAAAAGUUUGGAUAGCUUGGAAAUGGUUGGUACCGGCGUACCUUCACGACAGACAGAAAAACUUCUCGGACAUUUUAGUACAGACGAUUGAUACUCUACGUACUACGUGGUUCAUAGAUUUAAUGAAGAAUCUGCAGAGACCAGUACUGUUGGUCGGAGAGAUUGGCGCAUCAAAGACUGCCAUUAUUCAUGAGUUUCUAAGGAACUUGAAUUCCGAAAAAUACGAACAGCUCUUAAUUAAUUGUUCCUCGAGAACCACCUCGAUGGAUGUACAGAAGAAUCUCGAAUCGGCAGUGGAGAAAAGAUCGAGAGAAAUAUUCGGAGCACCGCCCGGGAAGAAAUUGAUAGUCUUCAUCGACGACAUGAACAUGCCGAUUGUGGAUAUUUACGGGACCCAGCAGCCCAUCGCGUUUCUUAAGCUACUGUUUGAGAGAGGCGGCUUUUACGAUCGCGAACGUGAUCUAAAUUGGAAGUAUUUGAGAGACAUCUAUUAUUUAGCAGCCAUGGGAGAACCCGGUGGCAGCAGAAACGAAGUUGACCCGCGGUUUAUCUCGAUGUUCUCGGUUUAUAACGUAACUCUUCCCACGAGCGAGACUCUCAAUUACAUUUACGGGAGUAUCUUAUCCGGACAUCUGCAAAUCUUUUCGGAGGCAGUUCAAUCUAUCGCGGGCGGACUCGUGCAACUGAUGUUGGAACUUUACGAGACAGUUAGGAAAGAACUGCUGCCGACACCGUCCAAAUUCCAUUACAUUUUCAACAUGCGAGAUCUCUCGAGAAUCAUGGCUGCAUUGCUUCAGAGCCAUCCGGAUUUCUUUCCAGACACAAAGCAGUUCGUUAGGCUCUGGAGAAACGAAAUCACCAGAGUCAUAUGCGAUCGUCUCGUUAGCGUACAAGACGAGAAUUUGGUCACCGAGCAACUAAGCGAAAAAAUACAGGAUUAUUGGGAGCUAGAACCCGAAGUGAUUCAAUACAGUUUAAGAGACCCGAUACUCUACGGCGACUACAGGAAUGCUUGCAACGAGGAUGAGCCUAGGUUUUACGAGGAUCUGUUGGAUUACGAAGCGGUUUACAGCUUGUUUCUAGAGAUUUUCGAAGAGUACAACGAGAGGAACAGAACCAAGUUGCACAUAGUUCUCUUCAAUGAUGCGCUUGGACACCUGACCAGAGUGCAUCGUGCACUUCGGAUGCAUCGAGGUCACGUGCUGGUCAUCGGCACGGGUGGCAGCGGUAAGAAAUCCGUGAUAAAAUUAGCAUCCUUCGCCGCCGGUUACCAGUUCUUCCAGAUCGUCCUGAGCCGCGGAUACAACGAAUCGUCCUUCCGCGAGGACAUGAAGAAUCUGUACAACAUGGUCGGCCUGGAGAACAAAAAGGUCGUGUUCAUGUUCACAUCCGCUCACAUCAAGGACGAGGGCUUUCUCGAGCUGGUGAACAGCAUGUUAACGGCGGGCCUCGUACCGGCUCUCUUCAAUGACGAAGAGAAAGACACGAUCGUCACUUCUUGCAGAGACGCAGCAGUGAAAGCAGGCUUCGAUGUCUCAAAGAAGAGCGUCUGGUCGUAUUUCGGCAAAACGUGCACCGCGAAUUUGCGGAUAGCGUUGGCGAUGAGUCCAUCGGACGACGCUUUGCGAACGCGAUGUCGCAAUUGUCCCGGCUUGAUCAACGACACCACCAUAGACUGGAUGUUUCCGUGGCCGCAGCAGGCUCUGGUAGCGGUAGCGAACGUUCUUCUCAGAGAUAAUCCGAUCGUGCCGCAGGAAUACAAGGAAGUGAUUGUAAGUCACAUCGUGUAUGUGCAUACAUCCGUAUUGCAAUAUACGGUGGACUUCGCAACGAAGCUGAGACGACGAAAUUAUGUCACCCCGAGACAUUUCCUGGACUUUAUCGACACUUAUUUGAAACUGUUGAUAGAGAAGAAGAACUUUAUAAAUUCACGCUGCGCGCGCCUUUCCGGAGGAUUGCAGAAGAUCAUGGAAGCAUCGGUGACUUUGACGAAACUAAAUAAAGUGUUGGCCGAGCAGAGAAUUAAAGUGGGUGAUCAAACGAGAAGCUGCGAACGGCUGCUCGCGUCUAUCGGCGAGAGUACAGACGUUGCAGUGGAGAAGAAGAAUCUGAGCCAAGAGAAGAGGAAGGAGAUUGAAGACAAGAAGAAAAUGAUUGCCAAGGAGGAGACUGAAGCCAGGCAGGUCUUAGCUGAAGCCCAACCGGCUCUCGACGCGGCCAAACUUGCAUUGGGCGAACUCGAGAAAGCGGAUAUCACCGAGAUAAGGUCCUUCGCCACUCCACCUGAACCGGUUCAGAUUGUUUCGGAAUGCGUCGCGAUACUGCGGGGCGUCAAAGAGGUGUCGUGGAAAGGAGCGAAAGGCAUGAUGAGCGAUCCUUAUUUCUUGAAGAACUUGCAGGAGAUGAACUGCGACCAAAUCACUCUGCGGCAACAGCAAGCGGCACGGGCGCAUUUAAAGACGACGGACAAGCUGGAUCAGAUGCAAGUCAUCAGCAAAGCGGGAUACGGCUUAUACAAAUUCGUACUUGCUGUUUUGGAUUAUUGUGUUGUUUAUAGAGAGGUGAAACCGAAGAUUGAUAGAGUUCAGGCGCUCGGAGCAGAGUCUGAGAAAGCCAGGCGCGCGUUAGAAAGAGAAGAACGGGAAUUAAAACGAUUAGAAACAACGAUCCAGGAAUUGAACGCGAAAUACAAUGUUGCAAUGGCUGAGCGACAGAAUCUUCAGGAUGAAACAGACUUGUUGCAACGACGACUUAUGGCCGCCGAUAAGCUCAUUUCCGGAUUGUCCUCCGAGAAUGAACGGUGGCGAAAGGAUCUGCAAGUUCUUCAAGACGACAUGGAGAAGAUCACGGGAAAUUGCUUGCUCGCAGCGUCUUUUCUGGCCUACAGCGGUCCCUUUUCCUACGAGUUCAGAAACGAAAUGUACAGCGAUUGGCAGAAGAACAUCUUGGAGAAAGAGUUACCUUUAUCGAAGCCAUUCAAGCUGGAAGCGCAACUGAGCGACGACGUUGAAAUUAGCAGAUGGAACUCGGAAGGUCUACCACCAGAUGAGUUAUCCGUGCAAAAUGGCAUACUGACCAUGAAAGCGUCCAGAUUUCCGUUUUGUAUCGAUCCUCAGCAACAAGCAUUAAAUUGGAUAAAGAAGAGGGAGCAGAAGAAGAACCUGAAGAUCCUCUCGUUUACGGACACGGAUUUCUUGAAGCAAGUCGAACUGGCUGUCCAAUAUGGCCUGCCCGUGCUUGUCCAAGAUGCCGACGAGGUCGAUCCUAUCUUGAAUAACGUCUUGUCGCGAAAUAUCCAGACUGCUGCAGGACGAACUUUUGUUAUUCUCGGCGGCAAGGAAAUAGAUUAUGAUCCACGAUUCCGAAUAUAUCUGACAACGAAGGCGACCAAUCCGAUGCUGGACCCUGCCUUGUAUGCCAGGGCGGUCGUUAUUAAUUACAUGGUCACUACAGCGGGCUUGGAGAACCAGCUUCUGUCGGUGGUAGUAAGAACUGAAAGACCAGACAUUGAGGAGCAACGUGAGACGUUAAUCUUGGAGACAAGCGAGAACAAGAAUCUGCUGCAGCAACUGGAAGACAGUCUCCUGCGCGAGAUUGCUACGGACCAAGGCAGUAUGGUGGACAACAUUGAGCUGAUCGAGACCUUGGAGAGCAUCAAGUCCAGCGUCAAUGAAGUGAUGAACAAGCUGAGGCUCGCGGAAGUCACUUCAGCUGAUAUAAACAAGCUUCGCGAAAACUAUCGCCCGGUGGCGGAACGGGGCGCGAUUCUUUUCUCCGUGCUGGUCGACAUGGCCACCGUAAACCCCAUGUAUCAGUACUCCCUGAUCAGCUACGUCGAGGUGUUUAUUCACUCGUUGAAGAGAUCGUUACCAGACUCGGUGGUCAGCAAACGAUUGAGAAACAUCAUCCCGAUGCUGACGAAGAACGUCUACGACUAUGGCUGCACUGGCAUCUUCGCGCGGCACAAGUUGCUCUUUUCUCUGCAAACUUGCAUGAAGAUAGAGCAGAGUAUAGGCAAUGUGAAUCAAAAGCAGCUGGAUUUCUUCGCCAAGGGCAGCAUGGUACUGGAGAAAUCACCUAAAUCGAAUCCUACUACAUGGCUGCCUACAUCAGGUUGGGAGGAUAUUCUCAAACUGGCGAGCGAUUUUUCGGAAAAGUUUGAACAGCUUCCGGAAGAGCUACGCGAUUUCGAGGAUGAGUGGAAGAAGUUGUACGACUCGGACACGCCAGAGAUAGAGGAACUUCCUUGCGACUAUAACGCACGAUUGACAUCAUUCGAGAGGCUGAUGCUGUUACGCUGCUUCCGCGUAGACCGUGUCUAUCGCGGUAUAAUUAAUUAUAUUACUGAGAUCAUGGGCGAGCAAUAUAUCACGCCGCCUCACGUGAGUUUCGACAUGAUUUUCGAGGAAAGUACACCGACCAUGCCCGUGGUCUUCAUUCUCAGUCCGGGUUCAGAUCCCACUUCAGAGCUGAUGAAAUUAGCCGAUCGGUACGGUUGCGGCGGAGGAAAGUUUAAAUAUCUCUCGCUCGGUCAGAGUCAAGACAAGGUCGCGAUGGAGUUAUUGAAAACAGCGAUGACGAGAGGUCAAUGGCUGAUGCUUCAGAAUUGCCAUUUGCUGUUAUCCUUCACGAAGAAUCUGGAAAAGGUCGUGGAGAACCUGGAAAAGCCCCAUCCCGACUUUCGCUUGUGGCUCACUACGGAACCCACCCCUCAUUUUCCAAUCGGAAUACUUCAGCAAUCUUUGAAGGUGGUGACGGAGCCGCCGAGUGGAUUAAAGCUAAACUUGCAGAACACGUACUUCAACAUGCGGCCGCAGCUCUUGGAAAGUUGUCCUCAUCCUCUUUACAAACACUUAAUUUACGUCCUGGCGUUUUAUCACGCAGUUAUCCAGGAGAGAAGAAGGUAUGACAAAAUUGGAUGGAACAUAAACUACGAUUUCAAUGAGUCAGAUUUCAAAGUGUGUAUUACUAUCUUGGACACUUAUUUGACGAAGGCACUGGCAACGAAAGAGUCUAAAGUACCGUGGAACAGUCUGAAAUAUUUAGUUGGCGAAGUGAUGUACGGCGGAAGAGUGAUAGACAGUUACGAUCGUCGCGUCUCUUACACAUACAUGGACGAGUAUUUCGGCGAUUUUCUCUUCGACGAGUUUCAACCGUUUCACUUUUACAAGAACGACUUGGUCGACUACGUGAUACCGCCGGAAGGGAAUCGCGACGCUUACCUGCGAUUCAUCGACGAGCUUCCGCUGGUGAACAGUCCGGAGGUGUUCGGGCUGCAUCCAAACGCCGAGAUUGGAUACUUUACGCAGGCAAUUAAGAGAAUAUGGAGGCAUCUCAUAGAACUUCAGCCGCAAACAGCCGUGAGCGUCACUGGUGUCAGCAAAGACGAAUUCAUCGAUAACGUAGCGAAGGAGAUCCUGACCAAGAUACCCGCGCCAUACGAUAUUAGUAAGGUCAAGAGAAAUUUUGGCGUGGCCGUGACACCGACCGCAAUCGUUCUAUUUCAAGAAUUGAAGAGAUUCAACAAAUUAAUAGAAACGAUUACGAGGACGUUGAACCAACUGAGAAAGGCUAUCGCCGGCGAGAUCGGGAUGGACGCGGUGCUGGAGAACAUUUCCGUGGCGCUUUAUAACGGUACCCUGCCCAAAGAAUGGGCCAGAGUGGCGCCGGACACGCGAAAGAACCUUGCCGGCUGGAUGGGCCACUUGCAGAAAAGGAUAGACCAAUACACAAACUGGUCCGGCGCGAACGAACCCGUGGUGCUCUGGUUGUCCGGGUUGCAUGUCCCGGAAACUUAUCUGGCGGCUCUGGUGCAAAUGGCUUGCCGCAAGAAUAAUUGGCCCCUCGAUCGUUCCGUCAUUUACACGACGGUGUCCAAGUUCUCCAAGCCCGACGAUGUUGAGGAGAGACCCGAUCAGGGGUGCUACGUGUACGGAUUGUAUUUGGAAGGCGCUAGGUGGGACAUCGAGGAACAUCGUUUGAAAAGAUCGCAUCCGAAAGUUCUGAUUGAAGAGCUGCCGAUAUUGACCGUUGUACCUACUGAAGUUCACAGAUUGAAGCUACAGAAUACGUUUAAAGCUCCCGUAUACACGACGUCGAGCCGGCGAAACGCCCUCGGCGUUGGUUUAGUCUUCGAAGCAGAUCUGGCGACCCCAGAACACAUUUCGCAUUGGAUACUUCAGGGUGUUUGUCUAGUGUUAAAUACAGAUUAAAACGGUCCUCGAGACCAACGAAACAAGAGCCGCUAGAUUUUUCAGUAUAUAUCACGUAUUCUAGUCUACUAUUAAUUAAUUAUGCUCACAGCAUAAAGACGACUAUUGAUAACUAUUCUCAACUGUCGUAAUUUAAAAGAUUAUG